AUGGGUAAUGCAAAUGAGACUUAAGCUAAAGAACUCACUUAUGUUGGUAAAGUAAAAAAUGGUAAGAAAGUUGGGAAACAUGAGAUUUGGUGGAGAUAACAAAAAAUGUAUAAAUAAAAUUUAGUUAUAGUGGUGGAGGAAAGUAUGACAAAAAAGGCAAUGAAUCUAAAAUAGGAAAAUGGGUUGAAGUCCAUCCAGAUUAUAAAUAUUAUUUUUAAUUAACUUCUAGAGGCGAAUAUCAAAAUGGAAAAAAAGUUGGGAAAUGGGAUGUUAUAUGGUUAUACGAAAAAGUUGAGAAUAAGAUGUAAAAAGUUUACAAUAAAUUAGUGCCGGUGGAUUGUAUAAUAACGAAGGUGAUGUCAAAGUUGGUAAAUGGAUUGAUUUAGAUGAUUCUGUUUCACAAUAAUUAUAAAUAAUUUAUGUUGGAGAUUAUGAAAAUGGUAAAAAAAUAGGCUCUUGGAUUAUUUAUUUUAAUACGACAGAAAAAAAGUUUACAAUCGAUAAUUAUAUGUAAUUUUAUUGAACAAUUAUAAAUAUUUCAGAGGAGGAGGAAAAUAUGAAUAAGGUGUUAAAAAUGGAUUAUGGAGUGAAUAAUCGAGUAAAUUUUCGCAGUUUUCUAAACUACGUCAGCUUGGGUGGUAUAAAAAUGGGAAAAAAUAUGGGAAAUGGACAACUUAGGAUGAAAAUGAAAUGUAAAUAAAUAUUAACAAAGAUAAAUUACUUAGUGGUGAAGAAUAAUAUGAUGGCAACGGAAAUAAGAUUGGAAAAUGGAUAGAAAUUUAAGAUUACUUUCUUGGUGAUUAUGUAAAUUAAAUGGGGGAAUAUCAAAAUAAUAAGAGAGUAGGUAGAUGGACUGUUAAUGUUAGAAUAAGGGGAAAAUAAAUGUUAUAGAUGUAUAUUCAUAAUAUUGUAGUAGGGGUGGUGGAAUGUAUGACGAUUAAGGAAUGAAACUUGGACAUUGGACUGAACUAGAGAAUUAUGAAAAUGAUAUAAGCUAGGGUAACUACCAUAAGGAUAAAAAAGUUGGCAAAUGGAGGGCAUUUAGGAAGGUGGGGUCCAAUUAUGUGUUUGGGUAAGGAUUAAGUUAUAUAUAUUACAGUUAACAUAGAGAUUUUGGUGAGGAUACUUUUAAAAAAGGCGGUUAUGAUGAAAAGUUUAAUUAAGUUGCUUUUAAGAUUUCAGCCUCAUUUUAUUCAUGUUUGCCUGAAGAUUAGCCUGAAAAUAAGCCUAUAUAAUAGCAUUAGUAUUAAAUUAUUUGUGAUAUCAUUAAGAAAUUUCGAUAUUUCUUAUAAGGGAGAUUUUAAUAAUGGUAGAAAAGUUGGAAAAUGGCAAAUUAAUUUUAAAAUUAAUUAAGAGAUUUUGCUAGUGUAAGAUAAUAUUCUUUUAAUCUAGUGGUGGUGGUCAUUAUGAUCAAGGAUCUAAGACUGGGAUGUGGGUUGAUAUUAGUGAUAGUUUUUGUUUAUAUUCACGAAUUCACUUUGCUGGUUGUUAUUAUGCAGGAGAGAAAAGACAUGGAAAAUGGAAAAUAGGGUAUGCGGGAGUUGAUUCUAAUUUUAAAUUGGACGAUAUAAAGUGGAUGUAAAAACAUAUAUAAUGAUAUUAGUGGGGGUGGAGAAUAUGACCUAGGUAUUAAGAUAGGAAAAUGGAUUGAUGUACGUGAGCCAUUUGCUUCUUCUAUUGAAAAAGGAAUAACAUAUUGUGGAGUAUAUUUAAAUGGAAAAAAAAUUGGAAAAUGGGAUAUGAAGUAAGGGAAUGAUAAAAUGUAAGUAUCUAAUUUUUUAAUAUCAUAGAGGAGGUGGAUUAUACACUGAAGAUGGUAGUGAAAUAAAGAUUGGGAAGUGGAUUGAAUUAGCUGAUGAAAAUUACAAAUGGAUCCAUCAGGGUGAAUAUAAUUAUGGUAAGAAAGUUGGAAAAUGGAUUAAAAAGGAUCUUGAAACUGACAAAAUCAUUACCUAAUAGAACUUUGAGAAAUGAU